AUGCGCCAUGAUAUCGUGUCAUUUGACACGAUAACGAACAAAAUCUACCUUGCGUGCAACAUUACAUACGUUGUAGCGCAAGACCCAGAGAAUAAGGAAGUCACAGUUCCCGCAAUGGGAGUUGCCUACCUACUAUCAGAGGAAGAGGCUUCGGGAAAAGGGAACGCAGUACUCGAGAGGUUCGACGUCUACUUGGAUUUUAGUCCAGUACUUGCGAGGACAGAAGAGGUGAAGAAGAGUUUGGAAAAGACUGGGGAACUCCAACAGGACGAAUUGCAAUCGCGUCGCGAAGCUCCCCUUUUUUUGCCACCUUCGAUUUUGACAGGCCAACUCCCAACAAGGCUGCUUCGCGGUUAUUUUCUACUUUUAAGGAACUCCUUCACGUUGACACCAACACUGUACUCCUCUAUUAAGGUUUACUCCACCGAUCCAAGAGAACCGUUCUCCGCUCUCUAUCUCUCUGCCCUCUCGAUAAGUCUAUACACUCUUCGCGCGCGCCGAAUUCAACCGCAAAUCAAGGCUAGUAACUUUUCACCUUUGCCCAGCAUGGUCAUCUUAGAGGAUCCUGAUGGAAGAAUUGAGGUUUGUCUAAGAAACCUCGUUGAGGGUGAUCGGAGUCCCCUCUACUUCGGCGAGUACAUGCCGCUUGGUGAGUGUCCCGAGGCGAGUACAGACGUCACCAGACACAUUGUUCCAGAAGACACUUCAUUUGCUGUGGAAGUCACCUUUAAAAAAGGAUUCCGCCAUGGAGAAUUCCGUGAUCGUAUCUGGAUCAAGAUCGGGGAUAAGGCUUCAGGCCUAACCUUCGCUCGUAUCCUGCUGGAUGGAUCGCUUGAGAAGGCGGCUUUGGCAGAAGACAAGGUCUACUGUGUAAAGUGUAUUCCGGAAGCUAUCGUAAAUUGCCAACCACGAAAGGACGUCCAGAUGGCAUUUUAUUCUCUAGCGCCCGUUCCUUUCAGGGUCGAGACUAGGAAUUACAAUGUCAAUUGCAAGGAGCUAGGUGGACUGGAGAUAGUGUUGGAGAGACACAGAACAUUUACCUCGGAGCUGGGUUCAGAUAGAGCCUUGAGUUUGGAGAAAGAAGCACCCCAUGAAAGCAUCUUCUUCCGCCCAGAACAACUCCCCAAGAUGAAGGGAAUCAACCAAAAUCUCUUUUACAGUGAGGGAAUUACCCAUGCGGUGAGCUUAACUGGAGGUACUCUUGGCGGUGGGAAAUUCGCGCGACAGCCGGCAUACUUCUACGAGCCGGGCACAGUCAAGACGUAUUCCUGGCAUUUUAUUGCACGAGCUGCUGAAUAUCUGAAGAAAGAGGCACUUCUCAGGACACCUAUACGGUUGUAUUGUGAGCCAUGGAGCUAUAUCGACGAAUCUAGCCGAGAAAGAUGCUUUAAGGAUCUUCAGGAACGUGACAUGGUAAAUACCUUCCAAUUAAAACUAUAUCAAGCGGGCCCAGGCGUGGAUCCUUCUGCUGUUCGGCGGCAGCUAUUCAGCAAACCACAAAUCCAUGAUCGGUGGAAGCUGUGGUGUACUCUGAAUCCGAGUGAGACAGAAACUAUGUUCUCAAAUCUUCAGUCUAGCCUUGGGUGCUUCAAGAAACGCCAAAUUUCACCCGAAUACGAGAUCAACAAUAAGACUCAGAAGCGCCCUUUAUCAAUCGAAGCAGGCCCCCUUGAUGCAGAUUCCGGACCUGAGAUAUUGUCCGAUGCCCCUGAUAUGGCAACCUCGUCCAACAAUUCUCCUCAACAGGGACCCAAGCUCCAGCAUGUAGUUAUAUUGAAAUUCUCCGACAAUAUGAAGCUUCAACGAAUACUCGGUAGACUACCAAACCCGGGCAAGGGCAUGCAUGAGGAUAGUGCAGAGCAAAGCCACAAGAGGAGACAACCGAACUCUCAUGCUUCUAAUACAGAAAUCGGCGAGGCCGAUGCUGAUAUUGUAAUGGGGGAAAUCAAGGGAGACGGUGAUGCAGAAUUUCAGACGCUCCAAGACAAGGAAAAUGAACUCGAUGAGGAACUCGUUGUGGUUGAAGAGAGGUUGUCGGAGUUGAAACGGAAGGAGGAGAUCUUGCGGGUGAAGCGGGAGACCAAGGCAAAAAUUGCAGCUGCGAAACAACACAAGCGAAGUGGCACGGGUGAAAUGUAG